AUGACAUUUUUAAUUUGGGGCGUCGCUUCAUCGAAUAAAAUCAAACAAUCUAAGUUAAUCAAAGAAUUGGAACUCAGAAAUAAGCAUUUGGCAAUAGAGAACGAAUUUCUUUCUGCAAGUUUGGCUGAAGAAAAUUGGAAGAAACUAAAAGAGAAAGAAGUGAAUGAUCUGAAGGUUUCGCUUGAAGCGGCGAACACUAAAAAUGCAACUUUAAUGAGCGAGAAUGAUGAACUGAUGAAGAAAAUCGCGCAGUUGGAAUUAAAAAAUGAGCAGCAGUUGAAAUUUCCGCUUGAAUGUGGUACUUUCAUUACGUGUUAUCCGAGUGUUCCAAGAGUUACCGGUCAAGACAGUGAUAUAGUAUGUAACGAGGAAAUAGGACAAAUAAAUGCAGAAAGCCCUACGCUAAAAGCGAUGAACGCAAAAUAUAGCACGCUUGAAGCAAAAUUUAGCGCUGCAAAGGAAAAAUGGCAAGAAGAAUUGGCUGUCAGCGAAAAUGAACUUGAUAAAAUUAGACAGGAACGUGAAGUACUGGUGAAAACUGUUCGCACACUUGAAGAAAAGCUUGCCAAAUCAGAAAAAAGAGUUAGUGAAUUGAAACAGUUGGAUGAAGAAGAGGAAGAUUGGACAAAAAUAUCACUGGGAGAAAAUAUUUGA